AUGAGCUCUGACUAUGCCUCGCCUCAAGGAGGCUCGUCCUCCGAUAGCAAUUCCCCUUCAGACGCCUCCGCCCAAGCAUUCGCCGAACACAACCCCGCUCUGGCUAGGAACAACAAGCUCCUCCUGCGACCGGAGCUGGUGAGGAAGCCAGAUCUGUUCACACUAUACUUUGGCUUCUGGGGCCAAAGUAACUGGACUCGGGAACUGGGUAGCAUGAUCACAAGUAGGGUGGAGAACCAGUAUGUGUUGACAGCGCGAUAUCCAACCCAGGAGGAGAUGGAUGCGCAUCUCGAGCACGGGUCGCGGACGCUUUACUACAGACGCAUUGGAGUACCUCUCAGCUCAUUUGCAGGUGCCGCGUACUUUUACAACAAAGCACGCAAAUCACCCGACUUCCCGAAAAACCCUACCCCAAAGUCGCUCUUUGAUACGGCGCGCAAGAUGUGGUCUUUUGAUAUCAAUGAUUUCAAAAGGACGACUGCCUCGACUGCAUUCAAGAUGCUUUUCAUUGUUACCGCUGCCGCCAUGGCAUCAAGCGGCUGGGCUGUCUCCUCCGAUGCCAUGUCCACGUUAGGCGAUCCACGCAUGAAGCAGUUUGUGGAAGAUAUGCGAAAAUCGAAUCCUGAGGAUGUGCGGAAGCGAAAGAUUCAAGCUGCAAAUGAGAGAGUACGCAGUGUACGCCAGGGCGCCGCGGAUAUCGGCACUCAAAUGCGACAGCAGAAUGGACAAGGCGGAUUCUCAGAAAACGGUGGUUAUUCUCAGGACAGCUACGACUCCCCAGCGGCACCAGCCCCUCCAUCCGACUCCGAUUCAUACAAUAACACCCCGACGAGCUCCCAGUCUUCAUAUGAGUCGCAAACCCAACCAGAACAGCGUAUCAACACCGGUGCAGUCUGGGCACGGGGCAGAAACUCACAGCCUGAAUCAAAAUCAGCAUUGGAUUUCAUGGACGAAGAUGAUGCUAGCCCCACGGCUGCGGAAUACCGCAAUACCAACAUUGACGGUUCACCCUCUGGCAGCGCUUGGGAUCGUAUCAGACGACAGAAUGCGGGAGGACGCUCGCUUCGCCAGCCCCCUGGCAUGACCAACCCCUAUGCCGAGUACUCGGAUCACAACCAGGAACAAUACGGCUCCGGUCAAUUGAGCGAGAAGGACCGAGCACAAGCAGACUUCGACCGGAUGAUCGAUGCGGAGCGGAAUGUCGGCAGCGGUGGAUCCUCUCGUAGUCGAGGAUGGUGA